GUCACACACCUUGUCCUGCUCUGCAGGUGAUCUCCAUGGUGAUGGUGGCCGUGGGGGUGUACGCCCGGCUGCUGAAGCACGCAGAGGCGGCCAUGGCGUGCCUGGCGGUGGAUCCUGCCAUCCUGCUCAUCAUGGUGGGCGUCCUCACCUUCCUCAUCACCUUCUGCGGCUGCGUGGGCUCCUUGCGGGAGAACAUCACCCUGCUGCAGGCGUUCUCCGUCUGCCUGACCAUCAUCUUCCUCCUGCAGCUGGCGGCCGGCGUGCUGGGCUUCGUUUUCUCUGAUAAGGCACGUGGGAAGGUCAGCGAGAUCAUCAACGGGGCCAUCGUGCAUUACCGGGAUGACCUGGACCUGCAGAACCUCAUUGAUUUCGGGCAGAAGGAGGUGACUGGGAGGGGUCUGGAGGGUUGGGAUUUCCCC